UGCUUCGUCCCGUUCCCUGGUGUUAAAUCCGCCCGGGGGCUGCGGCUGCUGCUGCUUCCUCCGCGUAAAGCGCCAGCCUUUUCUCGGCGGCUCCGAGUUUCCAUUUUGGAUGGAAACGUAGCCAGGGCUCUUCCCGGAGAGACCCCCGAAGCGUGAGAGAGAGAGAAAGAGAGAGAGAGAGAGAAACACACACACGGACACCCCGAGGGAAGUUCGCGGAGAAGCCCGCCUCUGCCUCCCCUCCGGCUCGCCUCCCAAACAAACAAGCCAGCCGGAAAAGUCUCAGGAAGCUGCCAAGAAGGAGCGUGACAGAGACUCGCCCCGAGGAAAAGAAGGAGGCGGAGAAGAAGAAGCAGCCUUUGCCCUCCCAUCUUCCGUCCUGACCGCCUCCCCCUUUGCUUGAAUCCACCUUCCCUCCGCCGUCCUCUCUCCUUCCUUCGGAAGCGUCAAGGGGGCUGCCAGAGCCGGACCGAGAGGAUGGCUUCGACCGCAACCUGCACCAGGUUUACCGACGAGUAUCAGCUCUUUGAGGAGCUUGGGAAGGGAGCUUUCUCAGUGGUGAGAAGAUGCCUGAAAAUCACUACAGGACAAGAAUAUGCUGCCAAAAUUAUCAACACUAAAAAGCUGUCAGCAAGGGAUCACCAGAAAUUAGAGAGAGAAGCUAGAAUCUGUCGCCUUUUGAAGCACCCGAAUAUCGUGCGACUUCAUGAAAGCAUAUCAGAAGAAGGAUUUCAUUACUUAGUCUUUGAUUUUCAUUGUAUACAGCAGAUUCUAGAAAGUGUUAAUCAUUGUCACCUAAAUGGCAUAGUGCACAGAGACCUCAAGCCUGAGAACUUGCUUCUAGCGAGCAAGUCAAAAGGAGCAGCUGUAAAACUGGCAGAUUUUGGAUUAGCAAUUGAAGUGCAGGGUGAACAACAGGCCUGGUUUGGCUUUGCUGGCACACCAGGAUACCUUUCCCCUGAGGUGCUACGAAAAGAUCCCUAUGGGAAGCCGGUAGACAUGUGGGCUUGUGGUGUUAUACUCUAUAUCCUCUUGGUGGGAUACCCUCCCUUUUGGGAUGAAGAUCAACACAGACUCUAUCAACAGAUCAAAGCUGGUGCCUAUGAUUUUCCUUCCCCAGAAUGGGAUACGGUGACCCCAGAAGCAAAAGAUCUUAUCAACAAAAUGCUUACAAUCAAUCCUGCCAAACGCAUCAAUGCAACGGAGGCCCUCAAACACCCAUGGAUCUGUCAACGCUCUACUGUUGCUUCUAUGAUGCACAGACAGGAGACCGUAGAUUGUUUGAAGAAGUUCAAUGCAAGAAGGAAACUCAAGGGAGCCAUUUUAACAACAAUGUUGGCUACAAGAAAUUUCUCAGCAGCCAAGAGUUUAUUGAAGAAACCUGAUGGAGUAAAGGAAUCAACAGAGAGUACCAACACAACCAUUGAAGAUGAAGAUGUAAAAG